AUGGCCAAUCAAUACUCAAACCCAGCUAUGUUCAAUGGGCAACUGCCGCCUCAGCCCUUCUACUCACCAUAUCAUACCAAUACUCAACCACCAAAUGGAAGCAAAGGGGUUCCUUACCCACAAGGAAUCCAGCAUCCUCCAGCUUUUCCAGCUGUAAACCCAAACGCGAAAAGAUUCGAAACGAACAACCAUGUACCAAGUCCACCCCCACCUUUUCAGUUACCUCCGAACUGGAAUCCUGAGGUUUUGAGACAACUAGCAGCCUCCAGCAAUAUUCAGCUCCCAUUCCCUCCUCCUCCUCCACCGCCUCCACCUCCGCCCUUCUUCUCUGCCUCUUUUGCGCCGAAUGCUCACACUCAACCGGCCAAUGCGGCUGCUCAGUUACAGCCUUUUCUAGGCUUCCAGCAAGCACGUCCUCCUUUUCCGCCGCCGACUCCCAAUUCAGCCACCGAGUAUGGAAAAAAUGCCAGUAUACAAGAUAUGAAAGCGGCGCAAGCACCUCAGAGUAAUACCCAACAACUACCUGUAUCACAACAUAAUACGGCUAUAAAUAACCAGCACGAUUUCCAGCCGACGCCUCAGAUAUUGGAUAGCACUAUUCUAAUCCAGUCCACCCAUGAAACAGGUGCCGAACCAUCUGAAAAUCCGAUCCCGAGAGAAGUGCCCCUUGCUUUUGUUGCGCAAGAAAGAACAAUUCAAAAUGGAAAGGAAAAGCAGAGCAUACCGACCUACGACGAUUUACACGCGCAGGCCAAACUUGCCAUCUCAGAAUGCCAUCCAUUUGGCGCAACCUACAAGUUUUGGCUCGACAACGGUGUCAAGCAACCAGUCCUUGACCGACUCUUUGCUGAACUCAAUCUCGAAGUGCCACAACCGCUGCCACCUCAACAAUUACCAGACACGGCUGGUGAAAAAUCAAGAAAUGUCGUUCCUUCUCCGUCACAAGCUAGUACACCUCAACCUGAUGUUUUGGAUCCGGCUAUGGAGCGCAAAGAUCGUAUCGCCAGACUGUUGGCUGCCAGGAAGGGUCAACCAAUAUCUAGUGCUAAAUCAUCCCAGCCUGCCUCUCCAGCUCCCAGCGAACCCAAUUCCAGGCCGAACAAUGACAGCAGUAAGCAGCCUUUGCCUGAGAUCGACGCGAAAAACUCUCUUCCUGCUAAGCAGCCUGCUCAGGACAAGGUCAAUCUAGUUAUAGCCUCAAGUGAACCUGCUACAAACACAGUCCUUCCUUCGCUCGUCAGAAAGGAUACAAAUCACAGUGCCUUCGCUAUCCCGGGUUUGUUCAUGGAUUAUCCUGAUCCUGCAUUUCAAGGACCUUCUCCCGAGCCUGUAUUGCAAGAUAGUAAGGCUGAUAUGCCUAUACUCGCUGAGAAGCCUCAAGAGCUCAAAUCGUUGAAGAGAGGAGCCGAUCCUCUUCCUCUUGAGAGUAUGCCACAGGCAAAGCGACAGGCAUCUCAAGCCAUACCUAUGCCUGUGGCAGAAGAUACCGGUAUCUUGCCCCCCUCGAGUCAAGUCGGUACUCCCCCAGCCACAUCGGUGAGCCAAUCAGACACGGACGUCAGAGCUACUGCAGUCUCAGAUAUCACCAACAAGCCCAGUGAACUAUCUACAACCCCUUCGAAACCGAAAAUCAAUCAAAAUAAGCUCAAGGACCGCAUGGCAGCUCUAAAGGCUGAUUUAUUGCGUAAAAAUUCAAGGAAACAGACGUUGCAAGAUGGCAUGCCUGUCCUAGAUGCAGAGGUCGAGAAGACUCGAGAACGAUUGCAGAUGCAGCAGACAAGAUUGUCGAAGACACGAAAACAGAUCGAAUCAUUGACUCUACAGCUGGACCAAGCUAGACAAGAGGAGACAAGCCUAGUCGCAGAAACAGAAAGAUUACAGCGGCAGCUCGCUGAUGGCGAAAAUGGCCAACAACAGUUCUCGAAUGAACUCAACCAGCUAAACGAUCAGAUCGUGGCCGACGAGAAAGAAUCGCACGAACCUCGACUAGCACACGCUCUAAACCAUGUCGCACCAUUUAACGACAAAUCAAUUCCUGAUAUUAUGGUGGACAAUAAGCAGCCAAGUGGGCAAGAGCAGACAGAUGGUCAUAACCUACAGCAAGACUUGAACGGCGUCGAGGUACAUUUGGACAUGUCUAUGCAUGGUACGCCAGAAGAACAACGACGCUCUGAUAUAGAAUACAGCCCUGAUCAAGAAGACUUGGAUCGUCAACUGAAUUCAGAAGUUGCGACAACGGUAGCACAGAAGCAGGACGAAGCGUCGAACAGAACUUCCCUGCAGCCCGACCUUGGUGAGGGCUUAGUGCAAGCUCCCAUACACGAUGCGAGUGCAACAGAUAUGCAAACCAGUACAACCGCCGCAUCUUCCGAGAGACCGAAUGUGGACGACAGUGAGGACGACCAUAUGUCUAUUGACGAAGCCAGCAACGCCGACAGCGACGGUAGUGCUAGUAUGUCCGAUAGUGGUUCUGAGGACUAUGAGCCUGAAAUUGCUCCGCAGCAAGUUGCCAUUGAGGAAGUCGACGACUACGAGCCUGCCGAAGCGACACCCUAUCAAGAGACUGAAAACGACGAUUACGAGCCAGCUGAACAGGUAGAGGCAAUCAACGUCGCCACGGUGAAUGCAAACCAAGAAGGCCAGAAGAUGGAUGUCGAAACAGCACUCAGCCCACUGGCCAGCGGUGCUGCGAUAGACUCGUCUGCACUCGUCUCACCCAACAACAAGACAUGGUCCCCUGUGCAGAUCGACCCACAACUAACGCCAGUCGGUUCACCUCUUGUAUCCGCAGGCCCACUAAACGAUGUACUAACACAGGAGCCGGCGUCUGUUACCUCCAUCUCGCUACCUCUCCUUGAGCCCCUCUCUGAACACCAAAAACCAGCUGUGCCGCGUUUUGCCCCAUAUCAGAGCCCUCUGUCGUCUCUCAAAUCUUUUCGUUUUCAUCCACAAUUCAAUGAGGUUGUGAAAAACGGCUAUCGUUCACUGACAUAUAGCAACAAUAUCGAUGACAAGAGGCCUCUAUGCUCAACUGAGCUUGAAGGCAAGAUGUGUACCGAUAUUGAUUGUGGAAAAGACUACCAGCACUUCGGCUCGCUGCCACUGUCAGAUGACAAAAUACUUGUCCAGAUGAGUUCCGCAAAUGACAUCGGAGACAAAGAACAGAAAGACGCCUAUUUGAUUGGUCUCAAGAAGGUAAUUGCCGAUCUUCGAGAAAAAGGUGUGAAAGACUUCGCCGAGGUUGCCAAUGCCCUUUCCCGGUAUCGUAGGCAGUGGAUGCAGUCCCAGAGCAGAUUUGCUGCAUGA